GCAAAAAAAAAAUCCUUCUAUCAAUAAUUUUCCAUUUUUCAAAUGGAUUGGAAUGCGAGAAGAGAGAAGCUGGAAGAUGUAUUAAUAACAGGAGGUUUGAUAUUGAACCAAUUUGUAUAUGCUGGGAACUCAGUUUUGAUGAGUUACUUGAUGUCUUUAGGCCUCAAACCUUUCACCAUUGUUAUCUUCUCUACUUUUGCUACCUUCCUCAUCCUCUCUCCUCUUGCUGUUUGUUUUGAAAGGAGCAAAUGGCCUAAUCAAUUGACUUCAAAGUUGGUAAUUCAGCUAGUUUUGAUAGCCUUUGGAGGGGUAACCUUGUUCCAAACUCUAUUUCUGGAGGGGAUUAAUCUAACUUCACCGGCAAUGGCAACAGCUAUGCCCAAUCUUGCGCCGGGACUUAUUUUUAUCAUUGCUUGGACAUUUAGGUUCGAGAAAGUUAAGCUAAGUUGCACAUACAGCAAAGUCAAGAUUGCAGGCACAUUACUUUGUGUAGUAGGUGCCAUCACCAUGAGCCUUAUGCACAGCACUACAUCAAUAAAACAAGCAAGAAUGACAUCCCCUGAUCAUCAUCAUCAUCUGGAUCCGCUCUUCGACAGACAAAAGAUCAUCGGUUGUUUGUAUCUCAUGGCAGCUGUUAUUGUCCUGUCGAGCAAUGUUGUCUUGCAGGCAGCAGUUUUAGGUGAUUUUCCAGCACCGGUGUCGAUAUCUGCCAUAACAUCCUUCAUUGGCGUGUUGAUAACUGCAACGGUUCAAAUGUUUCAAGACCGUUCGAUGGAGAUUAAUUGGCCGCUUACGAGUAUCGGACCCCUCAUUGGCUAUUCUCUGCUGGGAGGAAUGGUAAGUGGAGCAUCAGUAAGUUUUAGUGGAUGGGCAAUGAAGAAAAGGGGCCCAGUGCUGGUGUCAAUGUUUAGCCCCAUCGCAACGGUUAUCUCGGUCAUUCUCUCUGCUAUUACCUUAGGAGAGACCAUUAAGAUAGGAAGCCUAGCCGGUAUGUUCUUAAUGUUUACGGGUCUCUACUUUGUGCUAUGGGCUAAAGGAAGAGAGGAUCAUGCAAAUGGUGAUGGCUUGGAAAAGCCAUCAUAUGAAAGGCUUGGCAGUUGAUCAACUGAGUUGGUGUUGGCAGCAGCAGUGAAUGUUAGAGCAGCAGGCCUUUUGGAUAUGGAUAUGGGGCAAGCAACACUUCCAGAAAGAAAAUUGCUAAUCAUCCUCCAUUAAUGAUAAGCAAAUUUUGAGACCUCGCGAGCAAAAAUCAGUCGAAAGAUCGAUGCAUUAAGCAUAGCAAGUAAACCUCUGAUUGCUGCAACACAGUGUAAAUCAUUAGUUUAAAGCAUUCUUUGAUUUCUUCUCUGUCAAGUGAGCUUAUGCUUGCACUGGUGCUUAAUUUCUAUCAGUUUUUUUUUAAUUAAUCUCCUCUCUCUGUGUGUUUAGGAUAAGUUGUAUUUCCUAAACAAUUUUCAAACCCCCCAACAGCUUUUUCGGGCAGCUAAAAUUG